GGUAAAUCCAGAUAUUCUUCCACCACAGCAGCGCAACAACACACCUGAUGGUGGUGUUUGUUGGUUAGUUACAACUUAUUACAUAUAUAUAUAUAUAUAUAUAUAUAUAUACAUAUAUGUGUGUGUAUUGCAUUUCGUGUGGUUGUGGUGUGGGUGAAUUGAAGAAGAUUCUGAAUAUCUGUAGAUCGAUCAAUCAUCAAUGGGGAGGGGAAGAGUGACGUUGAAGCGGAUCGAAAACAAAAUCAAUCGGCAGGUCACUUUCUCCAAAAGAAGGUCUGGAUUGUUGAAGAAAGCUCAUGAGAUCUCAGUGCUUUGUGAAGCGGAUGUCGCUCUCAUCGUCUUCUCCACUAAAGGAAAGCUCUGCGAGUACGCUUCCGAUGCUUCAAUGGAAAGCAUCCUUGAGAGGUAUGAUCGACACUCGUACACAGAAAGGCAGCUUAAUGAAGGGACCACUCAUCAAACACAAGAAAACUGGAGUUUGGAGCAUGCAAAACUGAAGGCUAGAAUUGAGGUCUUGGAGAAAAACAAAAGGCACCUAAUGGGAGAAGACCUUGAUUCAUUGAGUCUCAAGGAACUUCAGAAUUGUGAACAGCAACUCGAUACAGCUCUUAGACGCCUUAGGUUAAGAAAGAAUCAGUUGAUGCUUGAAACCAUUUCUGACCUCCAAAAAAAGGACAAAGCAUUGCAAGAUCAAAACAACGUGCUCUCAAAGGAGGUGAAAGAAAAGGAGAAAGAGCUACUACCCCAACCACAACCACAAGCCCAAACUCAUGACAACAUAGGCACCUUAAACCUCGGUGAGAUGUACGAGACACAUGCACAGAUAGGAGGAGGUAAUGUUAAAAUGGAAGAAACAAGGAGACAAGAUCAAGCGUUACCCGUUAUGCCUCAUUGGAUGCUUCAAUACAUAAACCAGUAAGUAACAUAUAUAUAUUUAUAACUUAUAUUAAGCAAAGAUUUUUGGAGUCUUAUGAAUAUUAUGCAAAAAAUAGAGCUGUACCUGUAUAUACAAUAAGUUGUAAUAAUAAUAAAUGUAUUGAUAUUGUAAUUUACAAUUUCUUUAAUUGCUGGAGUCUAGUCGCAUAUAAUUCAUUGUCUCUGUUUCUUUGAUU